ACGUUGUUCUUUUGCCGUUUUAAAUCAAAUCCUACGACCAUAUCUGCCCUUUCUUCAUCAACAAUAUUAUAACUUCUCUCUUUUGAUUGCUCUUAAGCCUGCUUGUAUUUUCGGUUUCCAUUUCUUGGGAUUCUGUGUUCUGAUCCAGUGUUGCGUCCCUGUUUCCCGUGAGAUUCUCCCAGCAUGUAUUGAUACCAAAACACGCAGAAAAUUUAUCUAAAUAGUUGAUUGCGAUGUUAAGUCUCUUUCACCGCCCGUCUCCCAUUUACUACCCUUAGCAUCUUUUUCUUGAUCUUGACAACCUCUCACCCUCAUCGGCACUUCCUCUUCAGUACAUUCAGCUUUUCCCAGUAUAUAUCCUCCGUUUCUUUUUUAUCCCCCACUUCCCGAGACGCACUCUCUAACGGUUUCCGUGAGAGGAAAAAAAAAAAAAGAAGAGAGAUUGCAGAUCAAGAUGGGUGAUAUCAAUUUCCCUGAUGUAUUCGAAGAACACGAGUUUGGAGAUACCACCUUGGCUGAAGAUGAUCUUUUCAGUAUCUUCGAGGGCUUAGAAAGUGUGGCGGAUUUCCCUCUGAUUGAUGAAGCUCUGGUUGGCACGAAAGAAUUAGGAGAAAAGAUCAGUACGGCGCCGAGAUUGGUUUCUCAGAAGUCUACAUCGUCCAGUGCGUUGCAAGAUCACUCGGGGACCGAGAUCGAAACAUCGCCGAAGAGCAAGAGACAGAAGCUUUCAGAGACGACGAGUUCUUCCGAGGAAACAAACCCGGAAGGACAACAUAGGAUAUCUCAUAUUACGGUGGAGCGAAACCGGAGGAAGCAAAUGAACGACCAUUUGUCAGUGUUGAGGUCACUUAUGCCUUGUUUCUAUGUCAAAAGAGGAGACCAAGCAUCCAUAAUCGGAGGGGUGAUCGAUUACAUCAACGAGUUGCAACAAGUUCUACACUCGCUUGAGGCUAAGAAGCAACGAAAGGUUUACAGUACUCAUCUUGAAGUAGUCCUGAGCCCUAGGCUAGUUUCAAGUCCAAGACCCUCACCUCUUAGCCCUAGAUCAAAGCCACCUCUGAGCCCUAGAGUACUGAAUUUACCCAUUAGCCCAAGAACACCACAGCCGAGUAGCCCUUACAAGCCAAGGAAGAAGUUGCAACAAGCUGCUGGUGCUGGUUAUCUCUCUCCCACCAUUCCUAGCGCUCUCGAACCAUCCCCUGCAUCUUCCUCUACUACUUCCUCUAUUAAUGAUAAUGUCAAUGAGCUCGUUGCAAAUUCCAGGUCUCCCAUCGCUGAAGUGGAAGUGAAGUUUACAGGUCCAAAUGUUCUCUUGAAGACAGUAUCUACUCGGAUUCCCGGGCAAGCCAUGAAAAUAAUCUCCGCUCUGGAAGACCUCUCCCUUGAAAUUCUCCACUUACGAAUCAUCCCUGUUGACGAAACCAUCCUAAUUAACUCCUUCACCAUUAAGGUUGGAAUUGAAUGUCAACUUAGCGCCGAGGAGCUCGCACAGCAAAUUCAGCAAACAUUCUACCAAGUGCUCUAAAGAUGGUCUAUUUCUAGUUUAGUAUUUUUAGCAAUUUUCUUAUUCAAACAAUUUUUAUAAUGCGAAGAGAAAUAAAUAGAGUAUGUGAACUUAUGUUGGUCAUGUUCACAUAACUCAAUGAUCAUAGUAUUAAAUACUAUAAAUCUAACAAAUUAUAUUUAUCUCUCUUCAAAUUAUAGAAGAUGUUUGGAUUAAAAAAUUGUAAGAGAUUGUGACCCUUCUUUUUCAACCCUAAUAAGACUCUCUCUCUCUCUCUCUCUCUCUCUCUCUCUCUCUCUCUCUCUCUCUCUCUCUCUCUCUCUCUCUCUCUCUCUCUCUCUCUCUCUCUCUCUCUCUCUCUCUCUCUCUGUGUGGCUAUAGUACAAUGAUAAUAAUAAAAGAUCGAGAUGAUCAAUGUGGGGAUAAGGAUCAGUAUCGUUACAUGUCCUGUUAACUAGAUAUGUAAUUGUGUAAUCAGUGAGAUGUUCAUGACGGGCUUCUAGUCUUAGCUGGUAGUUUAAACAUUUUGUAACCGAGCUUCUCAAAUUAUUCGAAGUAGAUCUACAGAUCAUGAAUAUCAAUUUUCAUUC